AUGUCAAGUGUUAUCAAUGUAUUAUUUUCAACUAUGAAAGGCAGCAAACAUACUGCACAACUAAAAGAAGGUUAUACUGUUGAAGACAUUAAAAAAAUAGUUCAAGAAAAAUUUGGCUCUACUAACUAUCGACUUAUAGUUAAUGGACAAGAAAUACAAGACAAUGAUCCAGUUAAAUUUACUGAAUUGAAAAAAUCUAUUAAAAACAAUACAAUCAUUUAUGUUUGUCAACGAAUGGAUGGUGGUUCAGGUCUAGUUGAUAUUGAUUCACACAAGGCUACUGUUCUCGUUGAUCUUCAAGAUGAAUUACGUAAAAUUCCAACUCAACAGACAAAUUCAGAAUGUAUGAUUUGUACAGAAGAAAAAAAGUGUAUGAAAUAUUGCUGUAGUUCAAUUAUUUGCAAAGAAUGUUUUCCUAAUCAUUUUAUCUUUGGUAAUUAUAAAAUCAUUUGUCUUACUUGUAAUCAAACUGUAUCACCAGAAAAAGUUUUUGUUACUCCACAAUUUAUUCAAUCACUUGUUCAAUUAGAUGAAACAAAAUUAAUGGCACGGAAUAUUGAUUUUCAAAUAUGUACAUGUGGUGCAUUUUCUAUCAACAGUACUAUGUAUGCAAAACAGAAAUGUAAUAAUUGUCAACGAUGGUUAUGCUUUUUUUGCAAUACUGAUUGGAAUGAAAACGAAAGAAAUAUGCGUAAUGAAAAGUAUACAUGUAGAGUAAAUUGUUUUUGGGAAACUAAAAUUACUUAUCAAUUAGUUACACUUAACUUUAACAAAGCAAUGAAAGUACCAAAUCGGCGAUGUUGUCCAAAAUGUUUUGAAUGUGGAUGUGUUGAAGAGAAUUCUCAGUCAGUUGUAUCUAGAUCUACUUCUGAUUCAAUAAAAGCCACUGAAGAUGAUCUCAAUAGUCAAACCAAUUCCAGUCCAUUCCAAUUCAAGAGAUCACAUUUGAAUACAACUCCACAUUUGCCAUUAAAACCAAAAUUACCACCCAUACAAAGUAUUUCAUCGUCUUCCUCAUCAGAUCAUCAAAGAGUAUCAACAGAUCAUUCGAGUCUUCUUCCAACACGUCAUACUCCAGGUGUCUGUGGCCUAAAGAACAUUGGUAAUACUUGCUAUAUGAAUAGUGCUAUUCAAUGUUUGAAUAGUAUACCAGAUUUAACCAAAUGGAUUAUGCAACAACAACUAUCAUUAUCUCACAUGAAUAUAAUCGAUGUUUAUAUUUCUUUAGUACAAUCAAUGUGGUCAGGUCAUCAUGGAUGUGUCACUCCUCGUGAAUUAAAACAAUAUGUUAGUCGUUCAUCAACCAUAUUUUCUGAUUCCGAUCAAAAGGAUUCUCAUGAAUUCUUGAAUUCUCUUCUUAAUGCUAUAGAAACAGUUGAUUCAAAUUCAUUUCUUAUUAAUCUCUUUCGAAUUCAUACUCAAUCAAUGGCAACUUGCAACAAAUGUCAACAUUGUGAUAUUAUUAAUGAAACAAUAACAUUUCUUCCACUUUCAAUUCCUGAAUUCAAAUUCGAUGAUCAAAAGAAAAUUUUGUUAGAAGAUCUUAUCAAAGAUUUUUGUCAAGAAGACGAAUUAGAUGGACAAUAUUAUUGUCAUAAAUGUAAAAUAUGUCAAUCAGCACGACAUAAAACUAUAAUUAUUCAACCAUUACCUCGUGUUCUUAUUAUUCAAUUGAAACGAUUUCCUUACGACGGUACAAAAAGAAAGAUUGAUACAUUUGUUCAAUACAAACUUGAACAUCGAAAUUUAUUAUCAAAUAAUGAUAGAUAUGAAUUAUAUGCGGUAUCUAUGCAUAGUGGAAAUCUCGCUGGUGGACACUAUACAACAAUGGCACAAAAUUAUAUAAUAAAUAAAUGGUAUCGAUUUGAUGAUAGUUAUUUCGAAGAAAUUGAAUCGAAAAAAGUACUUGUCCCAUUUAUUGCACGACAAGCUUAUAUCCUUAUUUAUUUAAAAAAGAAUGAUUGA